AUGAUGAUGAACAGAAAUUUGCAGGAGGUCAACAUCCAGAACAUGAACGUCGAACUGGUGGCUCAGAUGUUCAAGAACUACCAGUCGAACGUGCUUUUCCACCUUGAAGCAACAGAGAACUUGAAAGAUCCCCUAUGA